GUGUGUGUGUGUGUGUGUAUACAGAGUACUCUCUAGAUAGAUGCUGCUGCUCUGAGGACUGAGAGUAGUGCUCUCGUGUGCAUGUGAUUGAUGAGAACUAAAUAAUGAAAAAAAAAAAAAAUAUGUCAUGUAACGGACGCGUGUGAGUAUCGGUAGUCCGGGGUAAAUCCGGGCUGCAACGACCGACACAAGAGCAGGAGGAGACGAACAAACGCCAGCCAGAAGGGUGCGGAGGUAAAUGACGUGGACGCACGACGUGGACGAUGAUGGUAAACAGCCUGGAGGCUGGCCACUCGUCGGCUUACCAUCACCUAGGAGGCGCCGGCGGAGGCGGAGGAAGCUUCAGGGACGUCAAACAAUGGCUCAUACGCCACCGCUCUCCCAGAUUCGUUGUUUUGGUCAUCGCUCUCUUCUGCAUCGUGCCCUUCUUCUCGCACUACUACCUCUCCAAGGUGGAAACAGAUCUGUCGUACCUGGAUGUACACCAAACAAGAGCCAAGCUCGAGGGUUUCCACGACUUCACGUCGAUGAAGGCGGCUGAUCUGAAGUACCGCAUAGAGGAGAUGCUGCGUAUCAAACAGUCGGUCAGCAACGAGCUCAGGGACCUCGAGGUGAAGCGCAGGAAGCUGCUCUCGGAGGUGAGCAGCUUGACCCAGCAGAUAGACGAGCUCAAGCAGGAGAUGUUGCACCAACAGAUGGAUCUGGACAGGAUGAAGAUCAGCAUUGUGCAGGCACAGGCGGCUCAGAGGGAAGCCGUGGAGAGGAAUACGCCGGAGCUGGCGCCGCCUAAGAGAAUACUUGGCGACGCCGUGCCGGAGGUAUUGCCUCCUAACUUGAACUCCCGAGCUUGCCGGAUGUUUAAUUGCUUCGAUCACAGUCGCUGUGCUCUGACCAGUGGCUUUCCGGUCUAUCUCUACGAUCCCGAGGAGUUUUCUGUCGUCAAUCCUGGCUGGGACAUUGAUGGAUUUUUGAAGACCUACAUCAAGCACACUCUUGGCUACAAUGCACACCUGACGUUCGAUCCCGCAGAGGCGUGUAUAUACAUUGUCCUAGUCGGCGAAGCUCUACCAGCAUCCCAAAAUACUCCCGCCAGUAUCAGCCAUCCUCUGGAUAUUAAAAAACUUCAGUCGCUCCCUUACUGGGGUGGUGAUGGCAGAAAUCACAUACUUUUGAAUCUUGCACGUAGAGAUUUGUCUGCUAACUCUGCAGAUAUGUUUGACAGAACCGAUACUGGCCGUGCCAUAGUUGUACAAUCGACCUUUCUGAGAGAACGCUUUCGUGAAGGUUUUGACCUGAUUGUACCGCCGAUAUUGGGGCCUCCAGGGGGUGACAUCUGGCAGGAAUGUGCUCACAUGUUGCCCGCUCGAAGGAAAUAUUUACUAUCAUUUCAAGGUGAAAUGCGCGCCUUGAAGUCGUUGUCUACGACGCAUCAAGUGAUAGACGACGCCGAGUUGGACAUUGAAAAAGCAUCUCUGGAUGAUAACAAUUUAGACAAUUUCAUAAUUCAGCAUUUAAGAGAAAUGAGCAAUGGCGUGACGUUGGACAAAUUUUUCAUAGAAUUCGAGUGCAAUCCCGCAUCUGAGGAGAAAAAGUUGAACGAGGUCCUGGACUGGUCACUUUGCGGCACGGAGUCGUCGAGAAAAACCAUUUUGAAGGAGUCGACGUUUGCUCUGAUACUUGCUCCGAGUAACGUUAGUUUUCUGUCCACUGCCUCGAUACAGACGAGACUGUACGAGGCGUUGAGAUCUGGUGCCAUACCCGUUAUUUUAGGAGGAGAUAGGGUGUCUUUGAGUUACAAAGAAGUUAUUGCUUGGAGGAGGGCUGCAAUAUUUUUGCCCAAGGCCAGAGUUACAGAGAUGCAUUUCCUACUGAGAGCCGUUCCAGACAACGAUCUGUUAGCCAUGAGAAGGCAAGGAAGGCUCAUUUGGGAACGUUAUUUGGGAACAGCUCAGAGUACAGUUGACACGAUUGUUGCCGUGCUGAGAACUCGCUUAGGCAUUCCUCCCUUACCAGCAACUCAAGCCCCAAGUACUAGCGUUUUUAAUUCUUCCUUUGUGCCUUUGAGGUCGGAUGCCAUAAUCGCUGAAUCCGAAGCUGAAGAGAAUCUAGGUCCAUUGGAGCCACCAUACCCGUCACCAGCUUACAAAAGAAAUUAUACGAUAAUGCUGGUGCAAGGCUAUGAAAUGUGGAACGAUUGGGUCGAUCCGUUCAAUCUGUAUCCUCAAUUGCCGUUUGAUACGGUCUUACCCAGUGAUGCCAAGUUCAUAGGCUCGGAAGUCGGAUUUCGUCCAAUAAAUAAAGGAGCCGGUGGUUCAGGUAAGGAGUUCAGCGAAGCACUUGGCGGCAAUCAUCCGCGCGAACAGUUUACUAUCGUGAUGCUCACCUACGAAAGAGAACAGGUCUUGAUCAACUCGCUGUCCCGGCUCUACGGUUUGCCAUACUUGAACAAAGUCAUCGUCGUCUGGAAUAGUCCAAAGCCACCUGUGGAGGAUCUAAGGUGGCCCGAUAUUGGGGUUCCCGUACACGUUGUCAAAACCAAGAGGAAUAGUUUGAAUAACAGGUUCCUGCCAUUCGAUGCCAUAGAGACAGAAGCCGUCUUGUCCGUUGAUGAUGACGCUCACUUGCGACACGAUGAAAUAAUGUUUGGGUUCAGAGUUUGGAGAGAACACAGAGACAGAGUGGUUGGUUUUCCAGGGCGCUUUCACGCUUGGGAUCAAAAUAAUCAUAACACUUGGAACUACAAUUCCAAUUAUUCGUGCGAAUUGUCGAUGGUAUUGACGGGCGCUGCAUUCAUUCACAAGCAUUACACUUAUUUGUAUACUCAUUGGCUACCUCAGGCUAUUAGGGACAAAGUCGACGAGUACAUGAACUGCGAGGACAUAGCGAUGAAUUUUUUGGUAUCGCAUAUUACGAGGAAACCUCCAGUAAAGGUCACGUCUCGGUGGACGUUUAGAUGUCCAGGGUGUCCAGUGUCACUGUCGGAAGAUGACACGCAUUUUCAAGAAAGGCACAAAUGUAUCAACUUUUUUUCACAAGUCUUUGGUUACAUGCCAUUAAUGAACACGCAAUAUCGAGCCGAUUCGAUACUGUUCAAAACACGGAUACCACAUGACAAACAGAAAUGCUUCAAAUUUAUAUGAGCAUUUAAAUCGUAUUCAAUCAUUGAUGUCACCAAAGAAUUGGUGACAGACAUGUAAAUAUGUAGGUAAUUGUAUAGUAGAAAUAUUUUUACAAUACGAAAUCACGAGGCCAUAACAGUUUAUAGGUAACUUAUGAACAAAUUAACCGUAAGUAUGUUUUAAUCGAACAAAACGUUUUUGACGACCGUAGUAUGUAAGUACAACUUUUUUUGAAAGUUUUAUUUUUACCAGCCAUACUAAUUUAUUAAAUACU